GUGAGGUCUGCCACUAAAAAUAUAAAACAUUUAUUUCUUCUCUUGCUUCCAAGUUGUUUCCCUCAAGCACCGGUACACUGUCCCAUUCCCAUACCAAAAUAAACCCAGAAGUCAAAGAAUCCCCACUGAAGAAUAGAAUUAAGCAUGGUAAGACUCAACUCCACCACAAAACAAGGGAAAACUACAUCAAUAACCAACAUUUCAAUGUCUCAAAAUAAGCUUCUCUUUGCAGGUUUCGUUGCCUUUCUUGCAAUCCAAUUCCAUGUAUCCUCCUCUGGCUUCAACAAUGCUGUUAAAGGCGCACAUUUCGACUGUCCUUCAUGUGAUGUUACACGCAUACCUUACAACUGCACAAAAGUUUCUUCAUGUGGCGAUAUCCUCAACAUCACAUACCCAUUUCGACUCAAAGGAGACUCGCCAGACUGUGGUGACCCCAACUAUGAACUCUCUUGCGAGAACAAUCAAACUAUACUCAGCUUCUAUUCUGAAAGAUUCUUGGUGAAGGCAAUCGACUACUACAACGGCAGAAUCCGGGUUGUCGAUGUUGGCAUCCAGGAUGGUGAUUGCUCCUCCAGGCCUAUCAAUUCUUUUGAAUCCUUUAAAGCAAAGGUAAAUGGAGCAAAUGGUGAUUGCUCGUAUCCGCUGUAUGAUUUUCCCCUAUGGUACAAGCUAGUUUAUGUAAGUUGUGAAAGUCCAGUGAAAUCUACUACUUAUGUGGAUGCUUCUCCCUGUAUAACGAAAUCAACCAACAACAACAGAAGAAGAUAUCAUUAUGUUCUGGUUGGUGAUUUUAAGCCUACAGAUUUGAAGGUCUCGUGCACCAUUGAUUUCUAUACAUACACAAUUUUAGUAAGCAACAACAACUAUUCUUACAUGGACAUCCAUAAGCGGCUUGUUUAUGGUGUGGAGCUUUCUUGGUUUGCAAUUUCAUGCGCUGCUUGUAGAGGAGAAGGUUUAUGUAGUCUAGAGAACAACACCAUUAUCCAAAGCUGCACCCAAGGAUACUGCGGCCCGAUUCAUUGUGACUUCCGAUGCAAGUUAAAAGAUUUUCUCAACAACCGGGUUCCGGAAGGCAUACACUCCAUCAGCCCGACAAUAGAGGUGCUCGCACCGGUUCUUAUAACAAGAACAUCAUUUGGCUUUCUAUGUCUUUUUGCGCUUGUGGUAUAUAAGUGGCGUAGGAAGCAUCUAUCAAUGGAUGACACUCUUGAAGCAUUCCUCCAAAGUCAAAAAAAUUUUAUGCCAAUAAGGUACUCUUACUCACAAAUUAAGAAGAUGAGCGGACGUUUUCAAGACAAGUUGGGGGAAGGAGGCUAUGGCUCUGUUUUCAAAGGAAAACUUAAAAGUGGCAGACUAGUAGCAAUUAAGAUGUUGGGCAAAGCAAAAGGUAACGGACAAGACUUUAUUAAUGAAGUUGCAACGAUUGGGAGGAUUCACCAUAUCAAUGUGGUGAGUCUCGUUGGCUUCUGCUCUGAUGGAACAAAACGUGCUCUUGUAUAUGAUUUCAUGCCCAAAGGCUCUCUUGACAAGUACAUUUUUUCUCAAGAGGGGCAUAUCUCCUUAAGUUGGAACAAAAUGUACGAAAUUUCGCUUGGGGUUGCACGAGGAAUUGAAUAUCUCCAUCGAGGUUGUGACGUGCAGAUCCUACACUUUGAUAUUAAGCCACACAACAUCCUUCUCAAUGAAAAUUUUGUUCCAAAGAUAUCAGAUUUUGGCCUUGCAAAAUUAUACUCGACCGAUGAUAGCAUUGUGUCAAUUACUGCAGCAAGAGGAACAAUUGGAUACAUAGCUCCAGAGUUGAUCUACAAAAGAAUUGGAGGUGUUUCAUACAAAGCCGAUGUGUAUAGUUUUGGGAUGCUACUAAUGGAAAUGUUAGGGAAAAGAAAGAAGCUCGAUGUAGCAACAGAUAAUAAUUCAAGUCAAAUGUACUUUCCUUUGUGGGUUUACCAUGAAAUGGUUCAAGGAAAGAUUACAGAAGUUCAGGAUGUUACAGAGGAAGAGGAGAAUAUCAUUAGGAAGUUGACAGUAGUAGGAUUAUGGUGUAUACAGAUAAGGCCUUGCGAUCGUCCCUCAAUGAGAAAGGCAAUCCAAAUGCUUGAAGGACAUGUAGAAAAUUUAGAACUGCCACCUGAGCCUACUUUUAAUAUAGAACAAGUACCAAUGGAAAAUGUUGAAGAAGCUACAAACCCGACAUGGUCAUCCUUGACAUCAGUUGACAUCACAGAAUCUAUCACACUGGUUACAAAUGCAGAUUGAGUAAAUAUACUACUAAAUACUUAAUAAGAUUGAGCCAAGAAAAGGCAUUGGAACUCCAUUAGUCUGUUUAUGAGAAUGACUGCAGAAACAUUUUCAGUAUAUAUUAUAUAUUUCUUGGAGUUA